CGCCGCGCUGGGGGCUGGCAGCGCCGGCUCAGCCACUGACGUAUGUUCAGGACAAUCUGAGCGAUGACAAAGUUUUUCAUCCGGCUGCCUGCAGUUCCCUCUGCACCGCCCCUGCGGCUGCGGGGAGGGGUACGGGCCUGGUGGGUCCCCUGGGUGCCGUGGGAAGCGCUGGGCUGGCGGCACGGCCGGACGCGCGGCUGGCACCGCCGGAGCUCGGCCGCGCUCGGCAUGGGGCUCCGGCUGCCUCUGCGCCGGAGCACCAGCUUCACCCCCGACCACCCUGCCCUCAUGGAGCUGCCCGGCCCCACUGCCCUGAAGAUGGAAGCAAACGUCCUUGUCAUGGGAGCGGACAACGUAGGGAAAUCAGCUCUAACUGUGCGUUUCCUGACCCGGCGCUUUAUUGGAGAGUAUGGAGACAUGGAAUUCAUCUACAGCCACAACCUGACUGUGGAUGGCCGAGAGAUUCUCUUACACAUCUGGGACGUCCCCAAUUCCCAGGAGCAGGCAGAGGAUGGCUCUUCAGAGGAGAAGCGAGUCCAGUGGGCAGACAGCUUUGUCCUGGUCUACAGUAUCUGUGACCGUGCCAGCUUCAACAUCCUGCCCCUCAAAAUCCAGUUCAUCAAGGCAGCCAAGGAGGGGCAGAGCCAGGAGAAGGUGCCCAUUGUCAUUGUGGGCAACAAACGGGACCUGCACCACCAACGGGUGGUGUCCAGCGAGGAGGGGCGGCUCCUGGCCCUCUCUUUAGACUGCGGUUUCUAUGAGGUCUCUGCAGCUGAGGCUUAUCACGGCGCCCUCAUGGUCUUCCAUGGACUGGCCAAGCUCAUCCCAGACACCAAGCUGGCCCUGAAGAAGGGUACAGGGAUCCGUGGCAUCGUCAAGACCAUGUCGGCUGUGUUUGCCCGUAAGCGAACAGACUCCCUCUGAGCCACUGCACGGAUGCUGCUGCUCUCUGUGCUGCCCAGCUGGGCCAAGCCUCCUCGCUGGGUGCCCGUGGAGAUGGUGCGUGUUUUUCCAGAAGUAUGAUGGGUUGUUCCUCGCUGUCCUCCCAGUGUCAGGUUCUGGGUGUCCUGCCGUGCACAGCCAGGGCAGCCAAGGACUGUAGUGUGUUACUCUUGGCUCUGCCGUGGGACAGUCUCAUCUCUUUGCUGUACCAGCUUUUUAGGUGCCUCCUGCUUUCUCCUUCUAUCCUCCAACACUGGAAACCACGGGGGGAUUUUGUCAAAGCCCCAGGCAGCAGCAUCUCUAGCUCCUGCAGCAGGAGCUGCCCAGGCUGUCAGCCAUUAGGGAGGAUAUUCUGCUCUUGUACAGCACAUGACUCCCUGCCUCUCCAUUCCUUCUCUGGGAUCCCUAUUCCUGUUUAACCCUCAUCAGAAUCCUCUUCAGUAACCCUGAAGCACCCAUGAGCUGGGGAGAUGGGGUUUUCUCCACUGGGGAGGCGCUGGCAGUUCCCACAUGUGUAUCACCGUGUGAGAGUGUCCCAGAGCCCAGGACCAUCCUGCAGGACUUUGGUGAGGGCCGGCACCUCGCAUCCCCCUGCUUGUGAACAGUCCUGCUCACGGCCCUCUGCCCCGCAGCCUUUCAGCGAUCACAGCCCUUUCCAUUGUGCUGGUGAGCGCUGUACAGGCUGUGCCUGGGAAAAGCCAGGCUCAGGGCUCGUUCCCAGGAUGGGAAUUGCACCACCAACCUUCCCAAGCCACUGCUUCUGUAAGGCUGCCUGUCCCCGGGGAGGAGGGGGGCUGGGGAAAGGGGUUGCUGGGCUCGUCGCUGAACCCUUCUGCUGCUGGGAGGCUUUUCCCUGCCUCUCCCAAACCCUUCUCUUUUUGCCCUGGGAAAGCAGUGUAUUGGAAGAGAGUUUGUGCGUGCUGUAGGGACACUGAUUUCUCUGCUGUGUUCUUCUGGAAAUGCAAUAAAUUGUCUUUGGCAGGAA